AUGCCUCAGAAUGAAGCUGAUAUUGCACUCAUAGGUUUGGCUGUUAUGGGUCAAAAUCUAAUACUCAAUAUGAAUGACAAGGGUUAUGUUGUCUGCGCGUUUAAUAGAACAGUGUCAAAGGUAGAGGAAUUUCUAAAAAAUGAAGCUAAGGGUACAAAAGUGAUUGGGGCUACCUCCUUGGAUGACAUGGUAUCUAAACUAAAAAGGCCAAGGAAAAUUGUUCUUUUGGUAAAAGCUGGAUUUGCUGUUGACGAGUUUGUGAAAAAGCUAAUACCACUUUUAAGCAAAGGUGAUAUUAUAAUUGAUGGUGGUAAUUCACAAUACUUAGACACACAGAAAUGGUGUAAAGAUUUGUCAGGGACAGGAAUACUUUAUGUUGGAAUGGGUGUAAGUGGAGGUGAAGAUGGUGCACGAUAUGGACCAUCUUUGAUGCCUGGUGGGCAUCCUGCUGCAUGGCCACAUAUAAAAGAAAUUUUCCAAGCCAUAUGCGCUAAAGCUAAUGAUGAACCGUGCUGUGACUGGGUCGGUGAAGAUGGAGCAGGCCAUUUUGUCAAAAUGGUGCACAAUGGAAUUGAAUAUGGUGAUAUGCAACUUAUCUGCGAAGCUUAUCAUCUUAUGAAAGAUGUGAUAGGUAUUGAACAAGAUGAAAUGGCUAAAGUAUUCGACGAGUGGAACAAAGGCGAACUAGAUUCAUUCUUGAUCGAAAUCACAAGGGAUAUUUUGAAAUACAAAGACUCAGACGGUAAAUAUUUGCUACCCAAAAUUCGAGAUACGGCCGGACAGAAGGGUACCGGAAAAUGGACGGGCAUCAGCGCCCUGGAAUACGGAGUACCUGUGACGCUAAUCGGUGAAGCCGUUUUCUCACGUUGUCUCUCGGCUCUGAAAGAUGAGCGCCUCGAAGCCAGCAAAGUGCUUCCGGGAUCCGGUCACAAGUUCACGGGCGAUAAAGUUGCCUUUCUGGAAGACCUGCGGCGAGCUCUGUACGCUAGCAAACUCAUUUCUUAUGCUCAAGGAUUUAUGUUGCUACGUGAAGCCGCCAAGGUGAACAAGUGGAAUUUGAAUUAUGGUAGCAUAGCUCUGAUGUGGCGCGGCGGCUGUAUAAUACGCAGCGCGUUCCUCGGCAAUAUCAAGGAUGCUUUCACGAAGAAUCCUCAGCUGACCAACCUGCUAUUGGAUCCAUUCUUCAGUGAGCGCAUCAGUUCGGCUCAGUCCUCGUUGAGAACGGUCGUGGCCCAGGCGGCUCUUGUGGGAGUACCGGCUCCGGCAUUAUCGGCGGCUCUCGCUUUCUACGACGGAUACAGAUCUGGAGUUCUGCCCGCUAAUCUAUUGCAGGCACAAAGGGAUUAUUUCGGGGCCCACACAUACGAGCUUCUGCACAAUCCCGGUCAGUUCAUUCACACGAACUGGACCGGGCAUGGCGGGAAAAUUUCCGCAUCGACAUACAACAACUGAACGCAAUAUUAUAAUGAUUAAUAUUAUUUAUUGUAAUUUUGUUUUAGGUGAAACGUUAAAAACUAUUUUCGAAUUUUAUUUUUGCUCUAUUAUUUAAUUUUAUACUUUUGCUUUACGCUCUUUUCGGUGUGCGGGACCAAAUUUUUACGCAACGAACAAAAUAAUAGAAUGACGAAUGCGAUAUUGAACGAAUGGUUUCAGUGAGUAAUUAGUUGUUCUGAAUUUUUUUAGUUAAAUUGUUAUCAAUGGAAAGUACAUUCCGAAGUAUAUCAGCAUUCCUUAAGCUUAGGUGAUCGGCACUCAAUCUAUCGGGCUUCUAUUGAAAGCUUUUGUUUUAUUGGUACCAGGAAUAUUAAUAAUUGUGAAAAUGUUUAGGGUGCUUACAUUAUUUUUUAAGUAGAUAAAG